AGGAAGUGGGAGCGCUCUGAGGUAGGACAAGAAUGGUAUAAAGGGGCGCAGGAAUCCAUCACACAGGGACUCGAAGAAGCUUUAAUAAAAGGCAAAGUGCGGCUAUGCUGGACUUGGGUGUUGUAAAGGAGGAGAAACCAGAAGUAAAGAACAUCUAAAGGAGUCACCUGGAACAUUCCACUUCUCGGAACACCCUAACCCUGGCAUCCAGCCCAGUGCAGGACAGGUGAGCGGCCGCCACUCCCCUGCGGCUGCGGGACCUUUUCCUCCAUGAACUUGCCAAUAAUCGAGCGCCUUCACUCCUCACUGCCAUGCAGCCUCCCGGGCGCUGAAGGGGAAGACGGUGAGAUCGAUAUCCUGGGAGAGGAGGAAGAUGAAGACGACGAGGAAGAAGAGGACGAAGAGGAGGACGAGGGGAGCCCUCAGUUCCUGGAGCAGCUGCACCAGCCAGAGCCGCAGGGGGCGCGGCGUGGUGCGGGAGCCCUGUCCCGGGAGCGCGCGGAGAGCAGAGGCUGCCGGAGCGACUCCCCCGAGCUUGGUACCAAGUUCACGGCCUCCACUGGAUCUGCGGGGACCUCUGGGGAUGCCCCACAGCCCGCGAAGCCCCCCUACUCCUACAUCGCACUCAUCACCAUGGCCAUCCUGCAGAGCCCGCACAAGCGCCUCACGCUCAGCGGCAUCUGCGCCUUCAUCAGCAGCCGCUUCCCCUACUACCGCCGCAAGUUCCCGGCCUGGCAGAACAGCAUCCGACACAACCUCUCGCUCAACGACUGCUUCGUCAAGAUCCCCCGAGAGCCUGGUCACCCGGGCAAGGGCAACUACUGGAGCCUGGACCCCGCCUCCCAGGACAUGUUUGAUAACGGCAGCUUCCUGCGGCGCAGGAAGCGCUUCAAGCGCCACCACCCGCCCACGGGAGCCCACCUGCACCACCCCUUCCCCCUGCCCGCAGCGCCAGCCGCCCUGCACGGCCCCUACGCGAGCCUGCUGCUCGGGUCUCCAGCCCGGCCGCCAGUGUUCGGGGCCUACCCCGCAGCCGCUCCCGGGAGCCGCCCGUGCUCCUUGCUGCAUCCUCAUCCCCUUCGCUACCUGCUGCUGCCCGCCCCUACCUACUUGGAGGCACAGAGGAAAGUGCAAGAAAUGGACCUGGUGACCCCCGCGGCUCCCUUAGAGCGCUGCAGCUCACCGUGGGCUCCCAGCCUUGGGAGGUGGCCAAGGGGACCGCGUCACGGCCCGGAGGGGGAUGCACCUCCUUCAGCAUUGAGAGUAUCAUGCAAGGAGUCGGAGGAGGGGAUACAGGGACCUCCCAGAGUCUGUCCCCGAAUCCAUGGGGCUACUGUCACCUGCUGCAACGCCCAUCGUGCCCGUUGCACACCCAGGCCGCUGCCCCCUUGCUCCACGUGUCUGCCGCCUCUGCCGUGGCAGCCGCAUCCGCAGCUCGGACGGUGUUGGAGCAGCAACAGCAGCAGCACCAGGACUUGGCCAGCAAAGGCGCGCUGCUGGGCCAGCACCUAUCCGCUGCUGCGCUGCUGGGGUGUCAGCCCGGAGCAGAGGGCUCCAGGCGGAAGUCAGGCUGCAAGGGGACCUGGAGAGAAGAGGAAGGGCAGGGAGACCCCGUCCAUCUCUGCCAGCCGCCUGUCCUUGAACACUGCACCUCGCACAGCCCGGACUAGGUGUCUGCAUUAGCAUCCCGCAGCAGAGCAACCACUAAUUUCUGUUCGCUGCGAAACAUUUACAAACGGAAAGUUGGGUACUGUUUCCUUAGACAACAUGAACGUAAACUUCCCAUGGCGGCAAGGCUCGCCUUUUCCAGCCUCCACUUGUGGUUUCUAGGGCGUUUCCGGUUUGCACAGUUUCAGAGGAGCGAUGAACGUGAAUGGGGCAUUUCGUUCUGGUGUGCAAAGAAAAACAUACAGUGUGCAACGCACAACGUGUUUUUCCUUUUUCACUCCCUAGGAACUGCCGGUAUCAUUCCCAAGCCCAGUACAAAGUGCUAAUGUCCUUUAUGUCCUGAAAUGGAUGUGUAAUGUAAGUAGAAUUUUAACCUCAGAGCAUUUAUUUCUGAUUUGUGUCUCCGAUGUGCCAACUUCCAUGGAAAGGUGUUAAAAUUAAACCCAGCCAUGUAGACUAAAUAAAGUGCUAAAUCAUUACA